ACAGGUUUCAGAGAGUUGUGUGUUUCAUUUUUCUCCACAGAAGUCCAGCAGCUGAUGGUGAGAAAAGAAGAGGUUCACCCUGAGCAGCAGGAGAGGGGCUCCAGUCUGAACCACGAGGACCCACCAGAGCCACCACAGAUCAAAGAGGAAGAGGAGGAACUCUGGAGCAGUCAGGAGGGAGAGCAGCUUCAAGAGCCAGAGGAGGCUGAUAUCAUCAAGUUCACUUUCUUUCCUGUCCCUGUGAAGACUGAAGAAGAAGAAGAAGAUGAUGUUGAAGAGAAACCUCAGUCCUCACAGCUUCAACAAACCCAAACUGAUCAGAUCAGAGAUGAAUAUUCAAAAGCAGAAGCUAAAGGAGAGGACUGUGAAGGAUCAGACCCAACUACAGACUUUAAUCCAGACAUUCAUUUGCAGCCUGUUUCUGAUGAAGAGACUUCACUCUCAUCAGAGAUUGGGUCUGAGACAGACGAUAGUAACUGUGAUUGGGAGACCAGUGAACCUCAGGAAGGUUUAAACCCUCUGCAAAACAAAGACACACCUGUAAGUGAUGUGAACUGUAAUACUGGAAAUACAUCAGUUAGCUCCUCUGAAUGUGCUACAAGCUCGGGACAAGAGGAACAUCUGCAGAAAGACAACCAAAUCCACACAGGAGUGAAACCAUUUAGUUGCUCAAUUUGUGGUAAAGUAUACCCACGCAAGAAAAAUUUACAUCAACACAUGCUACGCCAUUCAGUAGAAAAGCCUUUCAGCUGCUCAGUUUGUAUGAGGAGCUUUAACUGGAAGACCGAGAUGGUAAUGCACAUGAGAGUUCACACAGGGGAGAAACCAUUCAGUUGUUCAGUGUGUGGUCAAGGAUUCAGAGACAGCGCAGAUCUAAAAAGACACUCUUUUGUCCACACAGGAGAGAAACCGUUUAGUUGCUCAGUUUGUGGUAAAAGCUUCACACAAAGCGGAGACCUUAGACGCCACUCAAUUGUCCACACAGGGGAGAAACCAUUUAGCUGUGUACUAUGUGGUAACAGAUAUACAAACAGCGGGGAUCUCAAAAGACACUCUGUUGUCCACACAGGAGGGACACCAUUCAGUUGUUCAAUUUGUGGCAAAAAUUUUACAAAAGAUGGAGAUUUAAAAAGACACUCUGUCGUGCACACGGGAGAGAAACCAUUCAGUUGUUCAGUAUGUGGUAAAAGAUUCACACAAAGUGGAGCUCUAAAAAGGCACUCUAUUUCACAUACAGGGGAGAAACCGUUUACUUGCAAUCUUUGUGAGAGAACAUUUACUCGGCUUGAAAGUCUCAAAAAUCACAAGUGUGAGUCGCAGAUGGCCUAGCGGUUACGCGAGACCUGCGGCCCCGUGUCAUUCCUUACUGUCUCUCCUGAUUUCCUAUCCAUGAUUCUAAAGAAAAAGUAUCUCAAGUAUGUUGGAAAGAGCAGCAAAAGUACCUGAAACCUUGUAAUACUCGUUGAAUGUUACCUUGAAGUACACAGGCAAAGUCCAACAUUUGCUGUUUAAGAUUAUGAUUUAAAUAAAUCCCCUGUGAUCAACAUUGACUUUUUAACUUAAUCUUCUGGCUUUUAAACCCUCUUUUGAUCUAAAUCUCCUCAUAUAAUUCUGCUCGGUGAUUUAAAUGAGCCUUUUUUGUUCAAGGUCACGAUCUGUUAUUGAGAGACAUGCUACUCACACACGUGCAUAAACAGGACCCUUGGACGUUCAUUAUUGGAGAGAUGUCGGGCUAGUGAGGGGGCUUCCCACAUGCUUGAUCUCAUCUGGUGUGACCCCUCUGCAUUGUGCCGCAUCUGUAUAUUUUCGACCUUCAGCUGUUGUCUUUCAAUGCCAACCUGGGUGGUGAAUCCAGAUAGUCGCGCAGUGUGAUUGCUGCGGCACCAUCAUUACUUGUUCCAAUCUUCUUCUCUCAAAAUAAUCCACCUUGUCCAAAAGAGCAGGGCCAGUAUUCACAAACAUUCUGAGGAUCCUCUCAGAGAGGUCCUAACUUAUCUUCAAAUUCCUAUUAAGGAUUGUUUUUUUUUCCUAGGAGUGAUAUAGGAACAUUCUCAGAGGGACUCUGAGCGAGGAAGAGACACAAAGCCUGUUGCUAGGUACGACACAUUUAUUCAGAAGCUGUGAUUGGUUAAUCAAAAAAAUUUGAAAAAAAAGUAAAUGAUAGAAUCUAGUCAGACAUUGUGUAAUUAUAAACACUAUGACAUUAGCGCCUGUGUGAUAAUGAGUCUAGGAAAUGUUUGAAAUCACAUGCCCACUUGUGCAGUGGCUUCUUCACAUGCUGAGAGUUACAUCAGCAGAUUCUCCUUCUUACAUUCAAGGCUCUCCAUAUCCUACCACCUCCGCACCUCUCUGAUCUUCCUCCUCUCUCUGACAACCUAUCCGUAACACCGACUCUCUCUACCUUAAAAAAAAAAAACCUUCUAAAACACCCUCACCUUUUUAGAAGAGCUUAUUCGUUAUCACCACACCCUUUUCUGCUUUUUUCCCCCCUGUGUAUUGUUUCUGCCUUUCAUUGUAUAUUGUUGUCUUUUAUUGCAGAUUCUUUUUUCUUGGGCCAUGUUAUUGUACUGUUUAUAUUGUUGUAUUUGUGAGGCCUCUCCUCCUGU